AUGGAUACUCUUGUAGCUAGGUACAGCCGGCCGGCGUUCGAGCAAAAUGAGCCCUUUGAGAACGAGGCUCAAGAGAUGAUGGAUGCCACAUCGUCCUUGACCACCAAGUUUGCCAUGCCUCCCAUUUCUCAGCCAUCAUCUUGGCUUCGAGCUGCCACGGAUGACCGAGCAAACCCCGACUGCCCCAUCAAGAUCGCCCACGGCACGACAACCCUCGCCUUCCGUUUCCAGGGCGGCAUCAUCGUCGCUACCGACUCCCGAGCCACGGCCGGCAACUGGAUCGCCUCCCAGACGGUCAAGAAGGUCAUUGAGAUCAACAGCGUUCUGCUGGGCACCAUGGCCGGCGGUGCCGCCGACUGCCAGUACUGGCUUGCCUGGCUCGGCAUGCAGUGCCGCCUCCACGAGCUCCGACACAAGCGCCGCAUCAGCGUCGCCGCCGCCAGCAAGAUUCUCGCCAACCUGGUCUACAGCUACAAGGGCAUGGGUCUCAGCAUGGGCACCAUGUGUGCUGGCGUGACCAAGGAGGAGGGACCUGCGCUGUACUACGUCGACAGCGACGGCACGCGACUCAGCGGAAACUUGUUCUGCGUUGGUUCUGGUCAGACUUUUGCGUAUGGCGUGCUGGACGCCGAGUACGACUAUGAUUUGAGUGUUGAGGAUGCGCUGGAGCUGGGUAGACGAAGUAUCUUGGCGGCUACGCAUCGUGAUGCUUACUCUGGUGGCUUUAUCAACUUGUACCAUGUUAAGGAGGAGGGCUGGGUGAAGCAUGGCUUCACGGAUACGAACCCUGUUUUCUGGAAGACCAAGUUGGAGAAGGGGGAGUUUACUAAUGUCACGAGCGAGUUGGACUAG